AGUCGAUAAGAUUAACUCAUUCUGUUCACAUCAAACUUUAAAUAUAAAAGAUGUUGAACAUUGAAAAUUCUUUCUUCCUUCAGCACUGGGAAAUUGUUGUGAUUUCCGUUUCAAUUGUUUAUUUUAUAUUAAAAUUGAGAGAUAAUCAAAAGAGUUCAGCAGUUGAAACAAAUCAACAGCAGGUUAAUGAUGAAGAAACGAUCGAUAACGAUGCUAAAGAUGGCGAGGUUGAUACCGGAGACGAUGAAUUGUCGCCGUCUCUGGAAGUUGUCAAUCACAUUCCAUAUCGAGGUGCUUCAGUUGUAUUAAAGGGCGGAGUUGAUGAGUUUUAUAACAUGGUAAAUAAUCGUCGAAGCAUUCGUAUGAUCAGUAAUAAGCCUGUCGAUAUUGAGAUUGUCAAGAAAUGCAUUCAUGCAGCUGGAACAUCACCAAGUGGAGCACACACAGAGCCGUGGACAUUUUGUCUCAUUAAGAGCGCUGACGUUAAGAAGCAAAUCCGCGAAAUAAUUGAAGCAGAAGAAUACAUGAACUACAAACAGCGAAUGUCAAAGCAAUGGACAGCUGAUCUUAAGCCUCUACGAACAAAUCAUAUUAAAGAAUAUCUCACAGAAGCGCCAUAUUUGAUUCUUGUCUUUAAACAAGCUUUUGGAUUCAAGGCAAACGGUGAAAGGAAGACUCAUUACUACAAUGAAAUAUCGACUUCAAUUGCAGUUGGCAUCUUACUCAGCGCUUUACAAUCAGCUGGUUUAUCAUCAUUAACAACAACACCACUGAAUUGUGGACCUGCUUUGAGAUCAUUGUUGAAUCGUCCACAAAAUGAGAAACUUUUGGUCUUACUUCCCGUUGGUUACCCAACAGAUAAUUGCGAAGUUCCUGAUUUGAAGAGAAAAGGUCUCGAUGAAAUUAUGGAAAUUUAUUAAAAGCAUCUUCUUUGCAUCACAUCACGUAAGACAUUCAGUCAGUAUUUCUGGGAUUUCAAUCUUCCUAAAUUUAAUUGAGUUUACGACGGCCACAAGCCAAUUUGAUGCUUUCUUAUAAAUAACAAAUGACUUUAGGCUUUCUCGUGAUGCUUUGGAAAUUCCUUGUCAGUUUCAUUUUAACGAAAAUAAAACAGAAAAGAAAUA